AUGGCUAGGAUUCUCCACGCUUUGCCUCGAAGAUGGCUCUCGUCACUUCCACCCCGUGAAUCCACAUUGGCCAAGUUUGUCUUUCCCUCUGCCACUCACUCAGUGAAUGAGAUUGUUAAUGCUGGUGAUGAACUUGUCACGGUGAAUGGUCACUUGCAUCGUAAACCAAGAAUCAUGGCCAAACGAAGCUUUGCCGAGCUCAGAGAUCCCAACGGCGAUGUGAUUCAGAUUCUCAUGUCACCAGAGCAUACCGAUGAGAAAUUCUUCAAGCUUUUAGAGAAAAGCGGUGCUGAAGAUUCCGUUAGCGUUAGUGGAUUCAUUAAGCAGAAGCAAAUGAGGCUGCCGGAUGAGAAACCAGAGUAUGAGUUGGUCGUAUCUCACUUCCAGACUCUCAACCCAGCUGGCUUGGAUGCAGCCAGAUUGGACAAGUUGAAACAUACAAAUCCGACAGAGAUUCCCCCAAAAUUCAGAUACUUACAAUUGAGAACACCAUAUUACCAAAAGGCUCUUCGUACAAGAAGCAAGGCCGUCAAUAUGAUUCGUAAUAUCUUGGUCGAUAGACAUAACUUUACUGAGAUUGAUACCCCGCUUCUUUUCAAAUCUACUCCGGAAGGUGCUCGUGAGUUCUUGGUGCCUACAAGAUCUGCUAACAGAUUCUAUGCAUUGCCUCAAUCUCCUCAGCAGUACAAGCAGAUUCUUAUGAGUUCUGGGUUUUCCAGGUAUUUUCAAAUUGCCAAAUGUUUCAGAGACGAGGACUUGAGAGCUGACCGUCAACCAGAAUUCACACAGGUAGAUCUUGAAAUGAGCUACAUCAACUCCAGUGACCAGGUGGCAGUAGUUAUUGACGAUAUCAUUCAAAAUGUAUGGAAUAAGGUCGGUGGAAUACCCACCUAUAAGGUCAAUUCGGCAGGACAAUUAGAGGAAGUGGAUUUUGAGAAACACGAUGGAAAAACUCCUGCUUUCAACAAAAUCUCUUACACAGAGGCGUUGUCUAAGUAUGGCAUCGACAAACCAGAUUUGCGCUCUGCUUUACUGUUCGUCAACAUUUCCCAACACUUCACUCCCUCGAAGAACCCAGCAAAGUUUGAUGUGGUGGAGGCAUGUGUUUUGAAAGGAGCUUUCCAACCUUCUCAAAAAUAUAAGCUUCCUCACGUCUUCACCGAGGCCACAAGCUAUCCAAAAAGAAAGCCAAUCGUGAUAUGCAUUAAGACUGAAGAAGAUGCGAAGAGUUGGUAUAAGAAGUUUGUCGAAAAAGAUGUAUUGAGAACAACCAACACAUUUUCAGAGUCUGAAUUAGCUUCAAGUCUCAACCUUGCUCCUGGAGACAUUUUAGCGUUUUCCACAAGAGAAGAAUUGUCAUAUGAGAACCCUACGCCAUUAGGCAAGUUCAGACAGAUCGCCAUUCAGGAAUUCCCCACGAAAUGGAAUCGCCCAAUAGUUUCUAAGACCGGCGAAUUGACUAAAGAUUACGAUAGAAAUAGUACGUUCGUUGGUUCAUGGGUUGUCGACUUCCCACUUUUUAGUCCAGUGGACAUCACGGAGGGCAACCAAUGCGAUUUUCCCCAAUAUGAUUACAACCAGCUUCUGGCGACUCACCAUCCAUUCACUAUGGCCAAAAGCGAGGACUAUGAGCUUUUGGAAACUGAUCCAUUAAAGGUCCACGGAGAACACUAUGAUUUGGUCAUGAAUGGUGUUGAAGUUGGCGGAGGAUCUAGAAGAAUCCAUGACCCUGAGUUGCAAAAAUAUGUUUUUGAGUCCAUUCUCAAGAUCGGACACUACCAGGAGUUAUUUGGCCACUUACUUAAGGCCUUAAGCUUGGGAUGCCCUCCACAUGCCGGUAUAGCGCUUGGAUUUGAUAGACUUUGUGCUAUGCUAAUUGGAAGCCCAAGUAUUAGAGAUGUCAUUGCAUUCCCCAAGAACCAGUCUGGUACUGAUCCAGUGGUGGAAAGUCCCACUGAUGUACCCGACAAGACAUUGAACGAGUACUACAUCGCGAAGUGCUCGCUGUAA